AUGGCCGCAGUCUCGCCUCCGCGAACGGUUCCCCCAUCAUCACCGAAUGCAACGCGACGGAAACCGAUCCCUUCGUCCUUGACGAGUUCUCCCGAGAGGCCAGCUAGCAGCGAGAGCGGACCCCACAAGCCGCUGCCCAUCGUUCCCUUGUCGACGGGAGCUCUCUACCGAGAUGCUCCUGUUUCCCCCGUUAGGGUGAGCCACCAGACCGGUCCGCUGCCGACGCCCUCGAACGCACACAUCGAAGUUGCCCCGUCGCUCCCCGAUACUCCCACCCUAGAAUUCCACCAUGCCGAAGAUCGCGAACUUCCUCGGGCACCCGAAGCGCCCCCCCUUCCUGCGCAUCACCCUUAUCAUCAGGAUCCUCCGAUUAGGGAUGAUACCGCGGCUCCCGCUGCUACCGACAAGCCGCUUCCUCCUGUUCUCAACCCCUACUCUCCUACAUUGCCCCGGGGAAGGAUUCCCGAGUCGCUUCUGGCAGAGCGGGCUGGCAACAACAAUACCUUGAGCACACCAGUCACAUCUCCGGAACCUGAUGACGGUAGCAGUAUUCUCAGCCCCUCGGUUGAUUCUAGAUUUCUAGACCCUCAUAGACAGAGCCGCGAGUCCGAUGCUACGUCGAGCACUACUCACGCCCAGACAUCGACGGAAUCUUCCGGUGCUACGAGCGCCAGUUCGGUUUCUGUGGUCAAUGAACAGAUCGAAUGCCUUGAAGACUCUGGAAGCGGCUCUGGCGAGAGCUCGGUGAUCGAAGGAGGUCCACCCGGGAGCCAAUCCGUCCCUCAGUUCCAGUAUCACCACAACUCACAGUUCCCUCCUCGGGUAUCCAGCGUGCCGCAUGAGGGCGAUAUGAGGACUGUCUCGAACCCAGAUCUCCUUGAAACAGCCACCGCCAUGAACCGUCACUUAACCCCCAGCCAACAAUUCAUCAGGAGAAGCUCCCUACCCCGGCCUAACUCGGCAUAUUCUAUCUACUCGGACUAUGGCGCCAGGGGCCGGUCCCCCAACUUCUACCCCGGCGGCUCCCAUAUUCGUGCUCCCUCGGUACAGUCUCGACGGUCUCCCGAUCUCCGGCCCUCCUCGUACGCCGAGCUUCUGAACGUUCCCUACCCGCAGCCGCCGCCCGCGCCUAUCACCUUUGACAAUUCGCACUUGAGGGGCGCCGUUGGGAACAAUGCAGCUCUUCUCAGCACUCAGAAGACUCUGGAGAUGUAUCGGCAAAACGUGAAAAAGACGAACGACUUCUCCAUCCAGUACUCUUUUGCUGUCUUCUUGAUAUCGACCGCUCAGGAGAUGGGCUUGAACCCCGAAGAGCCCGAACAUAGAAAACCUAGCCCACAAUCCAAUAAGGCGGGCGACAGCCCCAGCCCUUACGGUCAGAGUGGCCUCUCCCCCUACGAGCUAGUCAGGGAAGCGCGAAGCAUCUUGCAGCGGUUGUCGAACGCCGGUUACCCAUUCGCGCAGUACUACCUGGCUGACGGCUAUGCGUCCGGUCUCUUCAGCAAAGGUAAAGAGGAUUACAACACAGCUUUCCCUCUGUUCAUCCUAGCAGCCAAGCACGGUCAUGCCGAGUCAGCCUACCGCGCUGCUCUGUGCUACGAGUUUGGCUGGGGCUGCCGAAAAGACCCCACUCGAGCUGUGCAGUUCUUGCGCGUCGCCGCUACGAAGAGCCACCCGGGAGCCAUGACUCGUCUCGGCAGGGCCUGUCUUUCGGGAGAUCUCGGUGAGAGGCGGUACCGCGAAGGACUGAAGUGGCUCAAGUUGGCGACGGAAGCCGCGGAUGCUAUCAACAACUCUGCCCCUUACCACCUCGGUUGUCUCUAUGAGAUGGGAUACGGCGAUGACAUCUUUAUGGACGAGAGCUACGCCGCCGAGUUGUUUACCCAGGCGGCCGAACUGGGUCACGCCGAAGCUAACUAUCGGAUGGGCGAUGCUUACGAGCAUGGCAAGCUGAACUGUCCUCGCGACCCGGCUCUAAGCGUUCAUUUUUACACCGGCGCUGCCGAAAAAGGCCAUGCUGCUGCCAUGAUGGGACUGUGCGCGUGGUAUAUGGUUGGAGCGGAACCAAUUCUAGAGAAGGACGAGGAGGAGGCAUAUGAGUGGGCGCGCCGCUCUGCUGAGCUUGGUUACGUCAAGGCGCAGUAUGCCGUUGGCUACUUUACGGAGAUGGGCAUAGGCUGCCGUCGCGACAUUUUAGAAGCCAACGUCUGGUAUGUCAAGGCGGCGGAUGCCGGCGAUGAGCGGGCCAAGCAGAGAAUCGCUACGAUCAAUGCGGCUAUCAGGGGCGGCCAGGGUGCGGGAGCUACCUCCCGCGGCGGAAAGAUCAAGAAAAACAGUGAUGAUAAGGAAUGCAUCGUGAUGUGA